GAGCGGGGGGAGCCCCACCGCUGUGAGAGACACCCCGUCGGUGCCAGAGACACCCUGCCGGUGCCAGAGACACCCUGCCGGUGCCAGCGGCGCGGCGGCACCGGGAUCGCGAGUGCGGGGGGCCUGAGCGGGCCCCGCGGCGGCAGCAUGAACGCGGCCCAGGGCACGGUGGGCAGCGACCCCGUCAUCCUGGCCACGGCCGGCUACGACCACACCGUGCGGUUCUGGCAGGCGCACAGCGGCAUCUGCACCCGCACGGUGCAGCACCAGGACUCCCAGGUCAACGCCCUGGAGAUCACGCCGGACCGGAGCAUGAUCGCAGCCGCAGGGUACCAGCACAUCCGCAUGUACGACCUCAACUCCAACAACCCCAACCCCGUCAUCAACUACGACGGCGUGAGCAAGAACAUCACGUCGGUGGGGUUCCACGAGGACGGGCGCUGGAUGUACACGGGCGGCGAGGACUGCAUGGCCCGCAUCUGGGACCUCAGGUCCCGGAACCUCCAGUGCCAGCGCAUUUUCCAGGUGAACGCUCCCAUCAACUGUGUCUGCCUGCACCCCAACCAGGCAGAGCUGAUUGUGGGUGACCAGAGCGGUGCCAUCCACAUCUGGGACCUGAAGACCGACCACAACGAGCAGCUCAUCCCGGAGCCCGAGGUGUCGGUGAAUUCUGUGCACAUCGACCCCGACGCCAGCUACAUGGCGGCUGUGAACAGCUCGGGAAACUGCUACGUGUGGAACCUGACGGGCGGCAUCGGCGAGGAGGUGACGCAGCUGAUCCCCAAGACCAAGAUCCCGGCGCACAAUCGCUACGCCCUGCAGUGCAAGUUCAGCCCCGACUCCACGCUCUUGGCUACCUGUUCUGCAGAUCAGACUUGCAAGAUCUGGAGGACUUCAAACUUCUCUCUGAUGACAGAGCUGAGCAUUAAGAGCAACAACCCCGGGGAGACGUCUCGGGGCUGGAUGUGGGACUGUGCCUUCUCCGGGGACUCCCAGUACAUUGUCACAGCCUCCUCUGAUAACCUGGCCAGACUGUGGUGUGUGGAGACAGGAGAGAUCAAGAGGGAGUACAGUGGCCACCAGAAAGCCGUGGUCUGCCUUGCCUUCAACGACAGUGUGUUGGGAUAAUGGGCACGUGUGGGAAGGAGAGGAGCUCUGUGUUUCCCCUUGCCUUGCAGUGACAAGGACCCUCUGCAGAGCCAGGACACGCACUGUGCCCAUCCCCUCCCUGAUGGAGAGGGCUUGGGCUCUGGCAGAAGCAGCUGCAGCUGCCUGGGGUGAGACCAGGCUUCAGCUCUGAGCAGGACAUUGCUGAAAUGUCUGUGGCCUCUGAGGGAGGGAAUGGGACAGGGAGACACGAUCCCACUGCAGGGAGACAGGUACAGUUGAGCUGGAGGAGUCCCUGUGGCAUCAGCUGCUGACAGCUUGGUAUGUUCUUGUACCCCAAAGUGGGAGAAAAAUAAAAAUGAGACUUUCUAAGGAAUGGAAGAGGCUGAGCAAAGAGGAAAGGCA